GGGAGCCUGAAGGGGGGAAAAUUGAAAAAUUGGCUACUGUCUCAGGACUGAGCCAUGGUUUUUAAGGCCUACUGCUUUUGGGCUCUCUUUCUCCUGCUCUGUCUCCCAGCUACUUCCUUCUUCCUCUGCCACAAAGCUUCAUCAUAUAGAGAAUUUCUCAGAAGGCAUAUGGACGACCCCAAAACGGACCUUCAGAAUGACCACAACUACUGCAACCGAAUGAUGCGCCGCAAGGGCUUGAAAUGUCAACGGAGCAAUACCUUCAUCCACGCCAGCAGUGAACGGCUGACCGCCAUCUGCAACUCCGGAGGAAAGAAACUGGAUGGCAACCAGACCAGCAAAACCAUGUUCCCGAUCACCAUCUGCAUCAAGAGUAACCACCGUAGGACCAUUUUUUGCAAGUACCAAGGGAGAAGUGAGAUCAGGAAAAUCCGAGUCACUUGCUCUGGGGGCCUCCCAGUCCACUACAUUACCCACACUUGAAAGAAGAGAAGAAAUGUGAUGGAACCAAAGAUCCUUUUCUACAGCGCCUUGGCAACCUUCCCUCGUGUGUUCUGCUCUCCCACA